AGCUGAGUCUAGAUUGUUCCAUGGCCUUCGUUAUUCAUCCAUCAGCAGCACCACUCUCCAUAACCCCCCUUUGCUUCUCCUUCUUCCGCCUCCAUCUUCGCCACCAUUAGGGUUCGCCUCUAUUCGCUCCAAUUUGCUCCUAUUCCCGGGAGGAUUUGUUGGGCGCAGUGUAUUUCUGUUUCGUUACAGCUUCGAAGUUUUGAGUGAUCGCUAUCGGUUUUUGGACUUUUUUUUCUAUCGGUCGUGGGUUUUGUUUUUAUUCUUAUUUUUAUUUAUCUCGUUGUUUUUUUCUUUUCGGGGGUGGAGGUUGAGAAAAGGGCGUAGAGAUGUCUCGUCACCCCGAAAUUUUGUGGGCGCAACGCUCUGAUAAGGUGUUCCUUACUGUGGAGUUGCUGGAUGCUAAGCAUCCGGAGGUGAAGUUGGAGCCGGAGGGCCGGUUUACGUUUUCUGCGACGGUUGGUGCCAAUGAUCUGAAGUUUGAGACGGAUCUGCAACUCUUCGGGGCGAUUGAUGUAGAGAAGAGCGUGGUCAACAAAGGGCAGCGGCAUACGACGCUUGUGUUGGUGAAGAAGGAGGCGGGAUGGUGGUCCCGGUUGCUCAAGGCGGAAGGGAAGGCCCCUCAAUUUGUGAAGGUGGAUUGGAAUAAGUGGGUGGACGAGGACGAGGAGGAUGAGGCCCCGGAGAGCAGCUUCGAUAUGGGUGGCAUGGGCGGAAUGGGUGGCAUGGGUGGCAUGGGUGGAAUGGAUUUCUCCAACAUGAAGGGUUUGGGAGGCAUGGGAGGCAUGGAUGAUGAAGAAGAUAUGGAAGAUGAGGACGACAUGCCGGAGCUUGAGUCCCAGGAAUCGAAGCCCGCUGUUGCCAGCGAGCCCACCAAGGUUGCCGAGGACGUGAAGUCUGAAGACGGAGCUCAGGAAUCUACGGGAGCAGACGCUGCCAAGAUAUAGGUCAUUUUGCAAAUGUAGCUGCAUGUUCAUUUCAUGACGAUAGAUUGGAAACAGCGAUGUAGAAGAGUGAGAACAAGGAUGUAGAUCUUGACUGAAUGCUUUGAUGGAGUCGUCUUUGUCAUAUAAUCAGUCAUGUCUUCCUAGAAUGGCCGGCGAGCUCUUACAUCCUGUAUUGUCUCCAUUUUGUAACUGACUUUUGACUUAAUGUGCUUUUCCGCUUGUUGCCAUUA